CUUUUCAGAAAUGUGCAGGAGGGUUUAAUUUCAUUAAGAAUUAAACUGGCCAGGCAGCUAAACAAACCCUGUGAUACCAAGAUCUCUGCAGUUGCCUUGAGAACUGAAUUAACCACCUAUAUUAAAUACAAAGGAGGUAGUGAAGGAAGGAAGGAGGGUGGUAGGGAGGGAGGGAGAGAGGGAGAAGUGAUGGUGGAGGCUGCCUGCCUGCCAACCUCAGUCAACACCAGUGUGUAGUGGGUGUUGGCUGUUCUGUAGUGUUCCUUCUCCCUGUGUGCUUAUCCAUGUGCUACUCUCAACCAUGAGAAGCCCUCUGCACCACCCAGGCAGCGUUUGCGUCAGAUAGCCUACACUUGGUGUCGUAUUUCUCUCAUAGCUUAGUAAAGAAGCCAGCCGAGAUGAGUCUGUCUAGCAACGGGAGGAACCCUCUGGCUGGUGUCAAGUAUGAACACCUGGUGGCUGGUGUCUUCGGUGGUGUUGCUUCUACGCUCAUCCUACAUCCUCUAGACCUACUCAAGAUCAGAUUUGCCGUGAGUGAUGGCUCAUCUGCUGCCAAGCCUCACUACACAGGGCUUACACAGGCUAUGUGUCAAAUCUUUCGGCAUGAGGGCAUCAGAGGACUCUACCGUGGUGUUACUCCUAACGUUUGGGGUGCUGGCUCUGCUUGGGGACUCUACUUCCUUUUCUAUAACACAAUAAAGUCAUGGUUUCAAAGUGGGAACAGCAAAGUUCACAUUGGCCCUGGACUUCACAUGGUAGCCGCAGCAGAAGCUGGCAUACUCACUCUGGUCAUGACAAAUCCCAUCUGGGUAGUUAAAACAAGGUUGUGCCUCCAGUACUCAGAUGGAGCUGGAGGGAAGGUAUUGCAGGAAUCGCACAGAUACAAUGGCAUGGUGGAUGCUUUUGUGAAGACCUACAAAUAUGAAGGUGUCAGAGGGCUUUAUAAGGGAUUUGUUCCUGGCAUAUUUGGAGUCUCUCAUGGGGCACUUCAGUUUAUGGCCUAUGAAGAAAUGAAGGCACACUACAAUAAAUAUCGCUCGCUUCCCAUUGAUGCAAAAUUGACCACUGCUGAAUACUUAGUUUUUGCAUCACUCUCCAAACUGUUUGCAGCUGUCACAACCUAUCCUUACCAAGUACUACGGGCACGAAUGCAAGACCAGCAUGCUCAUUAUGACAACUUGCGCCACUGUAUUCGUGAAACAUGGAGGCAACAUGGCGCCUUGGGCUAUUAUAAAGGUCUUUCCCCAAAUCUGUUGAGAGUCGUUCCUGCAACAGCCUUGACUUUUGUUGUUUACGAGAAAACGUCUCAUUUCUUGUUUAAGUUUCGCAAACAAGAUAAGGUCAAAGAAGAGAAUUCCAAACCCACUGCAGGAGUUGCACUUGGAGACUGAAGGUUGGAACAACAUUUCAAAGUCAAUACUGUAUAUUGUAUUCACCUGCAUGUUCUACAUCUCAGAUGUGGCAUAAUUUUAUUAAAGAUCUUACUACAUGAAAAAUAUUAACACUUUUGUAUAAUCAGUAUACUGUACUGUACUGUAUAGUAUGGUUUGUGCAUUAUGUGCAGCAAUCUUUGUUUGUUAUGCAAGUUGCAAAUUUUAUAAGAAGUCAAUGAAAAGUAAAUUAAAGAGACUCAAAAACACUGUGCUGAAUAAAAAAAAAUUAUACGUAUACUGUAGAAAAUCAUGACAACUCAAAUUAAUAAAAUAUUAUAUGUAGCUUAUUUAACAUAGUGUAAUGACAUGGGUGUCCACAGACUAUCCCAAAGAAUAGCCAGAGGGUAAACAAGAUUGCUUGGAAACUCAGUAAGGUUGUAUUUUCUUGGUACAGAAAUGUUCCAUACAGAGGAGGGGAGGACACAGAUGUCCCUCAUCCUAACCCUUUUCCCCAGCAGCAGACACCAUGUAGCAAUUAAAAAUAUUUCUUGUUAAAAGAAAUCCUAAUUGUAUAUAGAGUAGUACUCAUCAGCAGCAUCUAGAGCUUUUUACAUAGAAAACAGUACUAUUGCUAGGAAAUGUGAGCUUACCAAGCAUUUUGCUUAUGUAUGUAUUCAUAAACUAUAGCAAAGUGAGACAGGCAUAUUACCACUAUAUGAGCAACAUUAAAUACAUCAUUAUGAAGUCUCUUACUGUGUCUUAACAUUGAUUGAAUUAAGAACAUAAGAAAGAAGGAACACUGCAACAGGCUUACUGACCCAUGCGAAGCAGGUCCAUGCCACCCCCGGCCUAGAACAUUGACCACCUAGUCAGGUCACUUCCACUUAAGGAAGGAGCACGGCACCAGACCUGGUAGCACAAGCUAGUCAGGUCCAACUCACACCCACCCACACCCACUCAUGUAUUUAUCCAACCAAUUUUUAAAACUACACAAGGUCUUAGCUUCUAUGACGGUACUCAGGAGUGUGUUCCACUCAUCCACAACUCUAUUACCAAACCAGUGCUUUCCUAUGUCCUUCCUGACUCUGAACUUUUCCAACUUGAAACCAUUGCUGCGAGUCCUGUCUUGGCCGGAUAUUUUCAGCACGCUAUUUACAUCCCCUUUAUUUAUUCAUGUUUUCCAUUUAUGCACUUCAAUCAUAUCCCCCUAAUUCUACGUCUUUCUAGAGAGUGCAGAUUCAGGGCUCUCAGUGAAGAAUAACAUGUAGUUUGGUUUCCUAUUGCUCAGUGGUAGAGCACUCAGCUCACACCCAAAAGGACCCAAAAUAUUUGGCAAGUCAUUUAACAUUUGAAGCCUAUUUAUUCACUUAGCAGUAAAGAGGUACUGUACCUGAGAGAUAUUUCAUUGCAUCCUAGGAAAGGACCAAAAUGGAAAUGCUGUAAGCCAUACUACAGUACUUGACUUUAUUGGGCUACCCUGGGUUAAUAACCCAGUAUUAUACAGUGGACCCCGGUUUACGAUCAGCUCCCAAUGCGACCAACUAUGUAAGUGUAUUUAUGUAAGUGCAUUUGUAUGUGUAUGUUUGGGGGUCUGAAAUGGACUAAUCUAAUUCACAAUAUUCCUUAUGGGAGCAAAUUCGGUCAGUACUGGCACCUGAACAUACUUCUGGAAUGAAAUAAUAUCAUAAACCGGGGGUCCACUGUAUAUUCAAAGGUUAACUUGAAAUAGAGUUAGCAUUGGCAGUCUUACAAAAUUUACUUUUUUGGUAAACUUAAGAGUUAGAAACUUUGAGUGUUGCUGGCUCAGUUUUAAUGUGCCUGUCUAAUAUCAGUAAUUAUAGACCUGAACAACCAUAUUCUCUUCAUUGUUAGGUUCACUGUGUUUGAGGCUCAUAUAUUAUAAAUUUAAAUUUUAUGAAUAAGCAAAGUGAAGUUGUGUUCUAUCAAUAUUUACAAGCAGCUUUUAUUUAACAGCAAAGUAAAGUGGAAAAUAAAUAUUGUUCCUUUACUGUACAUUCAAGUGAUCAUCCAUGGCAUCAAUAUUAGUCUAUUGUUAUAUUGCCCCUUUGAUGAGGAUGAAGAUGGAUGUGUUUCUGGACUAGGUAUGAAUUUUGUAGUCAUGGAUCAUGGCUUUAUACUAUGUUAAAACAUCAUUUAGUACAUGACAGUUUUUUUUUUUUUACUGGGGAUUGAGGCAUGUGUUACUGAAUCAUUGUAAAUUUCUUACAUUCAGAGUUGUAUUGUGCUAUAAACUGACUGUAUAAUCUGAAUGUGUGAUAUUCUGGAAUACGAUAAUGUUUAUUCUGUUUAUUUAUUACCUGAGUGAGAAUUGUAUGUUCAAACCUCUCCAGAUAAAUAACUGGUAACUGUGCUACUUGAGAAGAGUCAGUCACAUACCUUACACUAAUUACCCAGUUAUUGCCUCCCACAGUAUAUUGAAAUAAGCUUUUAAGUUACUAGUUAUUUUUCUAGUCUUCAGUUUAUUCCUGCCAUAUUGGAGGCUCAUAAGCAAACCAUUGUUCCUAGUUUAUGAUGUUAAAACAUGUAAAAUGUUUAGUUUUUAAUAAUGCUUUAUUUUUUUAAGUGUUGUUGUUUUGUGUGGUAUAAAUAUAAUGCAGAGAAUUCGUUGUUUGGAAAUUAGAAGGAGGUGCAGGAUUACCAAAACUAUUAUCCAGAGGGCUGAGGAGGGGUUGUUGAGGUGGUUUGGACAUGUAGAGAGUAUGGAACAAAAUAGAAUGACUUCAAGUGUAUAAAUCUGUAGUGGAGGGAAGAGGGGGUAGGGGUUGGCCUAGGAAAAGUUGGAGGGAAGGGGUAAAGGAGGUUUUGUGUGUGAGGGGCUUGGACUUCCAGCAAGCAUGCAUGAGCAUAUUUGAUAGGAGUAAAUGGAGACCAGUGGUUUUUUAGCACUUGACGUGCUGUUGGAGUGUGAGCAAGGUAGCAUUUAUGAAGGGAUUCAGGGAAAUCGGCAGGCCGGACUUGAGUCCUGGAGAUGGGAAGUACUGUAUCUGCACUCUGAAGGAGUGGUGUUAAUGUUGCAGUUUUAUAACUGUAGUGUAAGCAUGCCUCUGGCAAGACAGUGAUGGAGUGAAUAAUGUUGAGUUUUUCUUUUUCGGGCCACCCUGCCUUGGUGGGAAACGGCUGAUAUAUUAAUAAUAAUAAAAUGCUACCUAAAACUUCACAAAGCACUACAGUUACACUAUCACAUUAUCUGCUACCUUCAACAUUCAUUCUUGUGUUUUCUCAGUAUGAGAAGUAUAUUUCUUCAUUGUUAAUCAGUCAUAAAUAAUAUGUUAGAAGAAAUUUUCUCACAAUGCAGUUUUGCAUCGAGGGUCCAACUGUUUUAGACAAAGCUGAGUACAUACAAAAAAUAUUUAUUAUAUUGUAGUAUAUUUAUUUGUAGUUGCAAGAGUUGAGUUAUGCUAGUGUUGUGGUGUCCCAUCUUCAGUAUUUAGUUUGCCAUCUACAUGUGUAGUCUGUGAAGAAAUAUUUUCUAAUGUAACUUCUGCAACAUAUUUUUUUAAUAAUUGUCCUCUUGUUCUCCUUGUUAACAGUGCUUACAACUCUUCCUUAUCUUUUUUCUCAUAUCCAUUUAUGAUCUUUUAUAUGGUAGUCAUAUCCUAUCUUGUUUUUGUAAUUCAUAUUAGAUUACACUAUACCUUCGAUUUAGUAGACUUCAGCAAUAUAGGACAAAAUUAGCUGUGUCACUUGAUCUGUAUCCAGCUGUCUGUUAUUGUUAUAAUCACAGAAAUCAUCAAUGCUACCUUCCCUCCCAUAUUAGUCCAUUAAUAUAAAUGUUCUUUUAGGGCUUUUUAAUCAUGUUGAUUUUUUAGGUUUCAUAAUAGUUUUGCAAUAUCUGCAAACCUUUUCAUGUAAAUAACUUGCCAGGAGAAUCCUGGCAAGUCAUUUACAGAAAUUAAGAACAUUGUCUUGGCAGGUAUUGAUCUUCGUGUACCCCCAGUAUAUAGUACAGUAUCUCAGUAACAUUUUCCUCAUCAUUUGCAUUUGAUAUUAAAACCAAAAAGUACCAUGUAUGUAUUGGUUUAUUUAGCCUUUCAUUCCGUUUAUAUUAAUUUUGUAAGUUUUCAAAUCAGUCUUUCAUGGAGAAUUAUCAUGUCUUUUCAAAAUAAAAAAAAAAAUGCAGUGUGCCCAUCUAUAAAAGUCAUGUGUAACUCUUGGGACAAUUAUCAUAGAAAUACUGUAUAGGAUUCUGCUGAUAUGAAAUAACUAUUUACAGUUAGCAUGUUUUUGCUCAACGUACUUUUCUCUAAAUGACGUUUUCCGUGUUUUUACAACACUUGUUAGUAAUACAGUAAUGUAUGGUACCUUUAAUGGGUUAUUCCUAUCGCCUUUUUUUUUUUAAUAUUGCUACAGUGUUUGCUGUUUUUCACUUUUUGCAAGUUUACCUUAUUUGUAACAGUCGUCAAAAUGAUCCAGAGUAGAUAAUCAGUGAGCUUAUGGUAAUUUUUCCUGUACAUUCCUUCAGUUUUAUUUUUUUCUCCUUACAUUGAUAUUGUACAUACUUUUGUCUUGUUUGAAUCUAUGGUAAGAUUUUUGGUUAGGAAAUUUUCUGUUAAUCCUGAGUCUUUUCUUUCUUUUUCACAGCUUUCAAACACUUAUUGUUGAAUCAUUCUUUUUAGUUUUGUGUUUUGGAUUGAUUAUUUUUAAUAUAUUUUCCUUAUAAGUUAUGUUGCAGAACUCUUUGUAUUACUGUACUCUUAUAUUAAGUAUUGUUGAAUUAAGUCUACACCAGUAGACUUAAUUUUUUUUAUACUGUUGGUCUUUUGUUUCAUUUCCCUUGAUUUUUUCAAGUUUUAUUAAUAUUUUGUUUCAUUUUCCUCAUCAAAGUUAUACUUUGCAACAUAAAUUCUCUUAAUGAUAUAGUUCAUGAAAACUUUUACAAUGUGGGUUUACAUAAUUUAUAAUGUGGAUGUCUUUUACUUUUGCAGUAAAUACUAAGUCUAUUGCAGUACUGUAUUUAUGCUCUUGCAUUCUCUCCAUCGAGGUGCCUCUUUAAAUGUGCUAAUCCAUGAAAAAUCUUGUCAUCAUGCUUACAAAUUUUGUUGACAAAUUUCAUAUAGUAAUCUGAUUCUUUGUAGCUUCAAUUGCACACUACAUAUAAAAUAUUUUUUUCACCUUUCAGUUUUCGGUAAUAUGUACUAUAACUUUUUUCAGUACGGUACUGUAUUGUGAUGAAUGGUUUAGAAAACCGACAAGUUGAAGAAUUGAGACACUUAUGCAACACAUGGGAAUCUUUAUUGAAGAAACGUUACUCUUAGGUCACACUACUCAUGCAUGUACAGUAAAAGUAUAUAUAUAUACACACCCUUCUGGGUUUUCUUCUAUUUUCUUACUAAUUCUUGUUCUUAUUUCCUCUUAUCUCCAUGGGGAAGUGGAACAGAAUUCUUCCUCCAUAAGCCAUGCAUGUCAUAAGAGUUGACUAAAAUUCCGGGAGCAAGGGGCUAGUAACCCCUUCUCCUGUAUACAUUACUAAAGUUAAAAAGAAACUUGUUUUUCUUUUUGGGCCACCCUGCCUCGGUGGGAAACAGCCAAUUUGUUGAAAGAAAGAAGAGCAACAUAUUCAUAGCAAUCUGUUGCUUCCUUCCACCCUCAAUGAAAUUUUCUUAUACACUGUACUUUAUAUACAGUACUUAUCUCUUAAUAUUUUUUUUUUAUGCUUGUGGCUUCAUUAUCACAGGUGUCAAUAUGAAGAAGAAAGAGUAGAAUUACAUUUCUCCUCAAUUAUGAUGAAGCACAUGAAUAAUUACUUAGAACACUCCACAUUUCCUUCCCUGCAAUGCAUGUAGAUGCAGUAAUAGGCCAAGCUGUGGUGGUACGAGUUGAAACUGCACUCGGGAUCCAUCUCACCUGACAAUUACUGGUUAGGUGGAGACAGGAAGAGUUGACCUGUUCGCAAUCUUGGGCUGUUGCUUGUUAUGAUGAAUAAGACACGUGCAACACUAGGCAUUUUUAUUGCUGAGUAGAUAUCCUCUGUACCAAGAUUCCAGUGUUGUAUCAGACAAGUAUCAUACAUUAAUGGUAUACAAUACUGAAAGGUUGAUGAAUAAGACAUUUACAGCUCCUGCAUAUUUUUAUUGCCAAUAUUGUAAUUUCUGCAUUCAUCAACUUUUCAGAAUUGCAUGCCAUUUAUAUUACCAGUUAUAUUAGGAACAAUGCAACUUCACCACUGAGUGCAAAACGUUGAGUGGCGACAUAUUUAUUUAUUAGAAGUUACUGCCAUUAACUGGAUUUUUGGUUUAGUAUUUCUCUAGAAAUGGGUCAACAAACCUGUCUCCAAAUACUGGAUUUUGAACAUAAAUUUUUAUGCAGAUGUUUAAAUUUGUAUAGACUAUUAGGUUUUCUCUUAGUAUGUAGCAGUGAGCAUGAAAUUAUUUUUAAUCGCUUAUCUAAAUUGGCAUUUUGAAAAUUAAUGUUGGAUAAUCCAUGUUGCAUUACCCUAAUUUUUUCAUACUUAUUCUAAUAAAUGUGCUUUAAAGUGGCAUUUAGUUAUUGUUGGUAGUUAACAAAUGGUUCUGAAUGUAAAUUAGGAAAAAAAAAUGUACAUUUUAUUUUUCCUACUUUAUGAUGAGAUUUAUUUAUUUAUAUCCUGCCAGCAAGUACUAUUUCUAACCCAUCUCCCUGUGGUUUAUGUUAUGUAUGUAUAUACUGUAUGUCAGUAAUGUUGAUUGGCAUCCCCUUGAUUUGGUAUGCGUCUCUUAGAAACUAUAAAGAAUGUGUACGCAAUUAUAGCUGUUAUAGUAGUGAUGCUGUGUAUGAUUGAUCACUGCCAGGUUGUGUCAGGUGCCUGGGCUAGAUCAGAUUUGUUCAGUUCCUGGGGACUCUAGUGUGUGGACGUGUAUACUGCAAUUCUCUCUAUCCACAUUCUCUUAUAUGUACAAUAAACAGCAUAACUCAA